UGGCAUGGGUAAGGAUGUACUGUGUGACAUGCCAGGGGGCUGGGGGGUUACACAACGACCCCCGAGGCUCCUUGAGGCCGCCGUCCCGAACCUCGAAACUUGAAUCCUCCGCUGGCUGACUCUUGAGAUGGACGGAAACCUUGCCCCACCUGUCAAAGCUGACGCAGGAACAUGGGUCGGCCGAUGGCGAUGCACGAUGCGGACGGAACGAGGCUGGCCGGGCGCAGGGGAGGAAUGCAAUGCCAUGCAAACACUGGCCUGAGGCCAAAUUCCCGCCCGAAGCCAAAGCGCCAUUCCAGCCAUGCCUUUGCAUUCUAUCUUCCAUCCUCGCCGCGGAAGCUUCCCUUUGCGCCUCCAGGCAAUUUCUGCGCCCAUUGCCCGCCGCAGAUCACAGGACAAACAACAAGUUUCACAGCAAGCAUGCCAUUCGCUUUGCAACCAAAUUGCGGGAGCCUAGCCGAUGGCUUCGGAGAAUGACCCAUGACCAGAAGUUGCUUCUCAGAGUCUCUUUGCGCCCUGAGGUUACCCCCGGUCUACGACCAGAACCCCUGCUCAUGCUACACAACACUCACUUAUAUGAACCGGGGAAGUCGAGAUGGUCUGGGGCGUGGAACAUUGAGCCUCUCAUGAAGGAACCAUGUGCACCAUGCACGCCACCCCUGGAUUUUGUCUCACACGACAUUGCACCUCAUUUCGGCGGAUUUCGCACUGCCCCACCCUAGAUCAUGGCAAAAGGAACACUCAAGGGGAACACAAGUCCAGCGCUUUCAACAUCCGGGCCGUCGAUCAUUGAUCAACUUCCUUCCAAUGACUCAGGCCA